AUGGACAGUGCAGUGGACUCAGACGACAUGUCCAACACACACAUGAACCCUCUGUUCGGGACGUCGCUGAGCCAAACACAACUCUACAGCUUCACGCAGGACGAUCUGAAGCGGGCGCCUCAGAAGAGACACUUCUGUCUGUGGUUGGUCCUGGUGUACCUCCUGCUGCAGACGCCUCUCAAUGUCUUCCUCCUCUACAAAGUGUUCACGUUGGAGCGCUCAGUGUUCAGUCCUCAGUCGUCCAGUCAAACAUCCCCCCAGCAAACAGAAGGGCCCCCAGACUUCCAGACAUUAGUCCAGAACAACACUCAGGAGACGCUGAGUCUGAGAGGACAAGUGUGGAGCCUCAAGAACCAGGUGGAGAGUCAGUGUGGACCAGAGGGGCAGGUGCAGAAGUUCCACACUGAGCUGCUGCAGUUGAACUCCAGUGCACAGAGACUGGACCAGAGGCUGCGCUCCAUCAGCCUCACAGCAGGACCCCCUGGACUGCCCGGAGAGCCCGGACCCAAAGGCGACAAAGGAGACACUGGAGCGACUGGAGAAGCUGGCCCAUCUGGGCCCCAGGGACCACCCGGUGUGAAGGGUCCUGCCGGUGAUCAGGGACCAGGGGCAAAGGGAGAGCCCGGAGAGCCAGGACCCAAAGGAGACACUGGAGAACCAGGACCUAGAGGAGACACUGGAGACGUAGGACUAAGAGGACAGAAGGGAGACACUGGAGACGAAGGCCCACCCGGAGCUCCAGGUGCUGCUGGUCCUCCAGGAGAGACAGGACCCCCGGGACCAGCUGGAGAGAAAGGAGACAAAGGAGAACCAGGGCGCGAAAUGACUGUGCGCCUGGUGCCGGGGCCCAGUCGAGGCCGUGUGGAGGUGAAGUACAAUGGCGUGUGGGGGACCGUGUGCGACGAUAACUUCGACUCUGUGGACGCUAAGGUCAUCUGUAAGAUGCUGGGCUUCCAGUCAGUGCAGACCACCUUCUCUGCCACACCAGGCACGGGCAAGAUCUGGCUGGACGAGCUGCGCUGCACUGGGAGAGAGGUGGACAUCUUCACCUGUCUCAACGCUGGACUCGGAAUCAACAACUGUAACCACAACGAGGACGUUGUCGCCUCGUACCUGGAUCCUCUGGUGUUUGCUGGACGUGUUGUGGUAGAAGAGUUCCCAGCGGCUCGUCCUCACUUCUCAUUGGCUCAGAUCGUCGCGGCUCCACAGGCUCCAGGAGCGGGACGUGAUUGA